UUUACCUGCUCACCUACUGAUAUUUGCCCCCCUGCCCCCGACCCAGAGUUCUGGCAGGAGAGGGGACCACAGAGGACCACAGGGGAUCAGAGGCGAAGGAACAACUGGCACAAUGGGCAGCAAGUAUCACUGGCAGAGUCAAAAUGUCAAACAGAGCGGCGUGGACGACAUGGUGCUUCUGUCCAAGAUCACGGAGGACGCCAUCGUGGAAAACCUCAAGAAGAGAUACAUGGACGACUACAUCUUUACCUACAUCGGUUCCGUCUUGAUAUCAGUGAAUCCAUUCAAACAGAUGCCGUAUUUCACAGAUCGGGAGAUCGAACUCUACCAAGGAGCCGCCCAGUAUGAGAAUCCACCCCACAUCUACGCCUUAACGGAUAACAUGUACAGAAACAUGAUGAUUGAUAACGAGAAUCAAUGCGUCAUCAUCAGUGGAGAGAGCGGUGCGGGUAAGACGGUUGCAGCUAAAUACAUCAUGGGCUACAUCUCUAAAGUGUCUGGUGGUGGACCAAAAGUUCAGCAUGUAAAAGACAUCAUCCUGCAGUCCAAUCCUCUACUGGAGGCUUUUGGAAAUGCGAAGACGGUCCGUAACAACAACUCCAGUCGCUUUGGUAAAUACUUCGAGAUCCAGUUCAGUCGAGGAGGGGAACCGGACGGAGGCAAAAUCUCCAACUUCCUGCUGGAGAAAUCCAGAGUCAUGAGCCAGAACGAGAGCGAGAGGAACUUUCAUAUCUUCUACCAGUUGAUCGAAGGCUCAUCAGCUCAGCAGAAGGAAGCUUUAGGGGUCAUGACCCCCGACUAUUACUACUACCUAAACCAAUCAGGGACCUACAAAGUGGACGGCACCAACGACAGCAAGGACUUCCAGGAGACCAUGGAAGCCAUGCAGGUGAUCGGGAUCCCUGGAGAGAUUCAGAUGCAGGUCCUGCAGAUCGUCACAGGAAUUUUACAUCUGGGGAACAUCAGCUUCAUCGAGGCCGGAAACUAUGGUCAGGUGGAGAGCACCGACCUGCUGGCCUUCCCGGCGUACCUGCUGGGCGUGGAUCAGGCCCGACUGCAGGACAAGCUGACCAGCCGUAAGAUGGAGUCCAAGUGGGGCAGCAAGUCCGAGUCCAUCAACGUGACGCUGAAUCAGGAGCAGGCGUGCUACACCCGCGAUGCCCUCGCCAAGGCGCUGUACACCCGCCUGUUCGACUUCCUCGUGGAGGCCAUAAACAAAGCCAUAAGGAAACCCAUCGAGGAGCUCAGCAUCGGCGUCCUGGACAUCUACGGCUUCGAGAUUUUUCAGAGGAAUGGAUUUGAGCAGUUCUGUAUAAACUUUGUGAAUGAGAAGCUGCAGCAGAUCUUUAUCGAGCUGACCCUGAAAGCUGAACAGGAGGAGUACGUACAGGAGGGGAUCAAGUGGACGCCUAUCGAUUAUUUCAACAACAAAAUAGUGUGUGACCUCAUCGAAAAUAAGCUGAACCCGCCGGGCAUUAUGAGUGUCCUGGACGAUGUAUGCGCCACCAUGCAUGCCAAGGGCGAGGGUGCGGAUGGCACUUUGCUGCAGAAGCUGCAGGCCGCUGUGAGCACCCAUGACCACUUCAACAGCUGGAACUCCGGCUUCGUGAUCCACCACUACGCAGGCAAGGUCUCGUACGACAUCAACGGCUUCUGCGAGAGGAACCGGGACGUCCUGUUUCCAGACCUUAUAGAGCUGAUGCAGAGCAGCGAGCACCACUUUAUCCGCAGCCUGUUCCCCGAAAACCUCAACACUGACAAAAAAGGCCGACCCAGCACGGCCAGCUCCAAAAUUAAAAGGCAGGCGAACGAGCUGGUGGACACGUUAAUGAAGUGCACCCCUCAUUACAUCCGCUGUCUCAAACCCAACGAGACCAAGAGACCCAAAGACUGGGAGGAGAGCCGGGCGAAGCAUCAGGUGGAAUAUCUGGGACUGAGAGAGAACAUCAGGGUGCGACGAGCCGGAUUCGCCUACCGCAGAGUCUUCAAAAAGUUCCUACAGAGGUACGCCAUCCUGACCCCUGAGACGUUCCCACACUGGCACGGAGGGGAAACGCAGGGUGUUCUGCAUCUGCUGCGCUCCGUUAACAUGGACACCGAUCAGUACCAGAUGGGACGCAGCAAGGUCUUCGUCAAGAACCCCGAAUCGUUGUUCCUGCUGGAGGAGAUGCGGGAGAGGAAGUUCGAUACCUUCGCCAGAACCAUCCAGAAAGCCUGGAGGAAGUACAUCGCCCGGAGGAAGUAUGAGCAGAUGAGAGAGGAGGCCUCUGACAUUCUGUACAACUCGAAGGAGCGUCGCAGAAACAGCAUUAACAGGAACUUCGUGGGCGAUUACUUGGGCAUGGAGGACCGACCUGAACUGCGCCAGUUUCUGGCCAAGAGGGAGCGGGUCGACUUUGCCGACUCGGUUAACAAAUACGACCGCAGGUUCAAGUCCAUCAAGAGGGAUCUGAUCCUGACGCCGAAGGGCAUCUACCUGAUCGGGCGCGAGAAGAUCAAGAAGGGUCCGGAGAAAGGCCAGAUCAAGGAAGUGCUGAAGAGAAAGCUCGACAUCACCAGCGUACGCUCUGUAUCUCUGAGUACCAGACAGGACGACUUCUUCAUCCUGCAUGAGGCUCAGUACGACAGUCUGCUGGAGUCCAUCUUCAAAACCGAGUUCCUCAGUCUGCUGUGUAAACGCUACGAGGAGCAAACCAAGAGCAAACUGCCCCUCACCUUCAACAACAGGUUGGAUUUCCGUCUGAAGAAGGAGGGAUGGGGUGGAGGAGGAAACCGGACGCUGAUGUUUCAAAGAGGACAAGGAGACGAGGCCCAAAUCAAACCUGCAGGAAAAUCCCUCAACGUCACGGUCGGAGACGGGUUACCCAAAACAGCCAAACCCACGAGGAAGAGCAUGCAACCUGGUCAAGGAGGAAGGCAUCCGGCCCCCCACAGAGGUAAUCAAAACGGAGCGGCGCAGUUUUCCCAGAGGAACAACCAACCACGGGACCAGACCUACUCCACACCCGAUAAAUGGAACCGCCCCCCUAAUGGCGCCCUCCCCAAACUGGGCUCUCAAGUAAACCGACGAGGGCCCGGGCCCCAACAAACACGACAGUCUAACCUGGACUUCCUCAGUGUACCUGAACAGGGCAUGUCAGGGAUGCAAAGAAAGAGGAGUAUCAGCCAGCGUCCUCCUCCAGCGCCCAGCAGUCGCCCCAAUCCUCCAGCACGUCAGCAGGUUCCUCGAUGUCGGGCCGUCUAUCAGUACGUGGGUCAGGACGUGGACGAGCUCAGUUUCGACGUCAGUGAUGUUAUAGAGCUCAUUAAAGAAGAUCCGUCGGGCUGGUGGACGGGCCGGUUCCGUGGGAAGGAAGGUUUAUUUCCCGGGAACUACGUGGAGAAGAUCUGAGACCCUUCCAGGUCGUUCCUUCUAACUCUGUGGAACCGAGCGAUCUAUGUGUAGCCUGUCAGUGUUCACCAUGCCAGUGAACCUUUAGGACAGGGUGGGUUGGUCAUAAUGAGGCGAAUGGGUCAAAGGUUAAAUCAUUUCCUACUGGUGGUCAAUAGAAGUGAUGUUUCUGGACGUUCUAUAACUAUGCUGAUUUAAUAGGAGAAUUGCUGUUGAUUUAUGGUAUUAGACUGGGCUGUAAAUAAUCUGUGAAAUGAAAACUUUCAUGAUGUUUGAAACAGAAUAUUUGAUGAACUCUAUAUGACCAAAAGUAUGUGGACACCUGAUUAUGUGCUAGUCAGAUGACUAUUGUGAACAGCCCUGCCAUUUUUUGGGGACCUUUUCCACAAAAAGAGUGUGUUUGUGACUCAAACACUUUAAUACGUUAAUAAUAAAGAGGGGUGUCCACAUAUUUUUGGCUAUUUAGUGUACAAGUCUAUAAAUUGACUUUGUUUAAAUGGUAAUUAAAGGGGCAGCCUGCACUACCACAGAACAACCACCAGAUGCCGCUGUUGUCAUUACAAGUCUACAGUCUUGCACAGUUGUUAUAAAACUGCCUCACACUUGUUCAUUUACGCGUUAUGCAUUUGCACUAACUGCUUCAUCCUGAUCAGAGUCAUGGCGGGUCCGGUAUCACCUGGAAACACUGGGCAUAAGCCGAGAACACACCCAGUACAGGGCGUAAAGCCCAUACAGGACAGAACACCCUACCAGUUAAGACUAGCCAGCCUGACUUCUGCACGUUUUUGGGAGGUGAGAGACAACCAGAGCACUCAAAAGGAGCCUAGGCAGAUGGAGAACGUGCAAAACUCCAUGCUGAUUUCCAGCUGUGCCACACUAAGCUCAGUAACAGAACUACAAAAGGACCGUAAUGACUGGAUGCUCAUUCCUGCACCUCGUGAUUAAGUGAUUGAUGGGAUUAAUUAGUGAGUCUUACCUUGUCAAGGGUGUAUUCGUGGCACCAAGCACACCGUGACCCUGACCAGGAUGGAGCUGAUAGUGAAAACGUAUGAAAAGAAUUAAAGUUCCAGUGUUUAACUGUUUUGUCAUAGGUUUUUAGCUUAUAAAAGUUUUAAUAUGAUGCCUUUAUUCUUUUUUAUGUAUUAAUGCUGUUCCAAGUUUUAUGUGCAAUCUCUACUUUGAAAAAUAGCACAAAAAAAUCAUGUCACGUGGUACUAAUUGUAUUAAAGUAUUACAAUAAUAAAA